AUCCUCUGGUCACGCCUAUCCCAUGCGCUGAUCACGCCCACUUCCACCUGAGCCGUUGUUCUGUCGAGAAGCACUGCCCAUCAUUGAAAAUCAACAGAACAGCGCGUAUCAAUGGACUGCAGUGUGAGCUGUCUGUGGCAGGCCUCGCUCUUCCCCUACUGCAAUCUGCUGCAGGGUGACAGGACGCUCAGUCCUGAUUACGUACAGCGCACAGACGGGUCUGCACACAGGGAGGACUGAUUACAUGCGCGGCUUAGUGAGAGCGCUGGGCUCGGCGCACCGCCUGUUGCUUCAUACUGUGUCCGGACUGUUCAGCAUGUGUGCGGGGGCGAGCGCCGCGUCCACCGACCUCCCCGCAUUGUACACACUGACGGCGGUGACGGGAAGUGAGCCCAGCAAGUGUAAUGAUCUCCUUUUCUCCCCUCCGCGGGACCGAGCCCAGAGGCCGCACCAUGUCAUCUACUUCCCGGGGGACGUGCAGAAUUACCGCAAUGUCAUGGCAGGCCACUCUGAAAACUUCAGAUGGAAACGGUGGAGUCUUGAAGAUAUUGCAACUCUCCUUUCUCGGCGCUUCCCUUCCAGUUACAUAUGGAUUGUGAAACCUUCUCGCAUGCAUCUCCACAAAUUCAGCUGCUAUGACAACUUUGUGGAAAGUAACCUGUUCGGAGCCCCUAAACACAGCGAGGAACUGAUCGCUAUUAAGCAACUUCAUUUCUUGCUUACUAAUGCUUUCACUGUGGCACAAAACCUUCUGAUGUCUCAGAGUAACAAGUAUGUUGUGAACAGUGACCAGGAUCAUUCUGUGAGCCACACGGGUUCUGCAUAUUCCACCAAUGGCUGCCAUUCAGAAGAAGACAGUGUUAAGCAUUGCUCCGAGGACUCGUCUGCUUUUCUUGGUUCACCAUCUGUAAAGGAGUCCCUGUCCUUCACUGUGAUUGGAUUCAGCAAAGGAUGUGUUGUACUAAAUCAGCUUCUACAUGAACUGCAUGAAGCUAAAAAAGAUAAAGAAGUCAAUGUAUUUGUAGACAAUAUUGAAUCCAUGUAUUGGCUUGAUGGGGGGCAUUCUGGAGGCAUCAAUACCUGGAUUACCUGCCCUGAUAUUUUGAAAGUAUUUGCUCAAAGGCGUAUUGCAGUCUAUACCCAUGUGACGCCUUACCAAGUUAGUGACUCUAUGCGCUCCUGGAUUGGGGAGGAGCACGGGAAGUUUGUAGAGCUUCUGAAAGAGUAUAAUGUAAUGGUGAAUGAUCACUUACAUUUUGCCUAUGAAGCACCUUCAUUGGAUAACCAUUUCAGAGUUCAUGAAGUUUUCUAGAUGUGUUUGCAGAAUAUUUACAACCCUUCCACGUCGGCUCUUUCAAGUGUAUUUCUCAUAGAAUAUAUGGAAAGCUCACUUGGAUUAACACAGGCAGGCUGGUUAGUGAGCCAAGCUGGAGCUGUCACCACUGCAUUAAAGCUGGCGGGGGGAGUUGAUCGAGUACUCUUCCACUCCACCAGAUUUGGGCAAAAUAUUUGGGUGGACUUCUUCUUUUACUGAUGAAUAAAAAAUUCAGGCAUGCUUCCAGUGAUGUGA